GUAUAAUUCUUCCGUGCAGUGGAUUGUCGAGUUUCCGACUGGUUUUAUUCAAACUGAAUUACCUAACUAAUCACCUGCACCCUAUAAACAACAAUAUCUGAGUCAAAAUGGACCGUAAAGAGGUAAAUGAAAGCGAUUCCUUUUUUGGUUGGUUUUCUGUAAGUGGAAAACUAUAUACUAAGAAAUCUGAGCUAAGAAUCGAAAUUUUUAUUUCACUUUCGCUUUCCAUAUUUCACAAAGACGAGGAAAGAUCAUAUAUUAUCCUCUUUCUUUUAUCUGUAAGUGGCAUUCAGAUUUCCCAUUGUAACGUGCAGGUUUAGAAAGAAGACGAUUGAGUUUUAAAAUCCCCCCUUUUAGAGUGCAAGCUCUUGAUUAUCAUCUGUUUGCUGUUUAGGUUAAUUCCGAAAAUGCAAGCAAUGGCGUCGAUAGAGAAGACGAAACACGCGCACUUCAAGGCAACAGCCAAGAGGAAUCUCCCCCAGAACAUCAAUUCAGCGAGGCUCAGGUCGAUAGUGAAAACAAUGUUUGUGGUUGCGCCAGGGCCAAAGUUGCUGUUAGUGACAGCGACGAACAAGAACGAUGUCCUCUUUGCGGCAAAUUGAUAGCGCUAGGAGAGAGAGCUGCUACAAGGGGCGGUCAGGAGAUCACAGACUCGAGACCACCUCAUUUUGCUGGAGGAACUGCAGAACCAGUGAAUGUUUUGGGAGGCGAAGCAUUUGCUAAUAGGCUAAACUUCCUUCCCGAUAACGCUGACGAGAUAUCUUCCUUCCAAAGCAGCAGUAAUUCUUCAAUGGGACAGAGCGUUGGAUUGAAUUCGACAGCACGACCAAUGGCCACUGUUGUGGACCAAGGACAGAUCCCUACUGAAGGUAGGUGAACUUUUUAGUGAACAGAUAAGAAACAGAUGACUACCUGUAAACUCAUGUGUAUGCCUUACUCGUGCCAUGAAGCGAAAUAAGUCAGGCUUAAACGAUCAGUUCACAUACCGUUUUAAAGCAAAUUUUGGGAAAAAAUUGUUACAUUAAAUGCCCACAUACAAGAUGAAACUAUGGGCAGUGCUUCGGUCAAUCCCACGUAUUCUAUCUUGUCAAUAUAAACACUACAAAGCUAAAGCGAAACUAAAUAAAGAGGAAGGUUAAAGGGAAUGUCAAUAGGCAAGGGUUUUGAAAGUUUCUCUGAACAUCUUUCACAACUGUCUGCUCUUCAGGUGACUGCCACUACCCCGCUCAGAUGCCACCCGUCCCUACCUUCUGCAAAUUUUUCGUUACUGUACGUCAUCAACCAGAAGCAAAUGGACUCUUGGUUGCUCUGUAUGUAUUUACUCUUGAUCAAUUUCAAGAGGUAGGCUUAAUACUCUUUGACUGUGUGCACGAAAUGUACGAACCUAGACGAAGCUGCAUGUUUUGGUACAAGUCAUUUGGUUCAAUUUUUAUUAAUCAGAUUCACUACGGUAAUGCAGCACAUUUGUUUGUCUGGUUUUGGAGUGGUCUCUAAAACUGCUGCUACUCGAUAAGACCUUUAAUUAUUUGCAAACUGAGUUAGGAGCUAGAUUUCGAGAAUGAAAGAAAGCUGCAAGAAAACGUUAGCUUUUUUAAAUCUUUAAUUCUAUUCUGUUGUUCGUUGUCGAAAAUUCCCCAAGGUAUCGACAACUGUAUUCACCAAAAAGGAAGUCGACCAGGUCAGAUCUAAAGAAGGGAACUUCUGUGGGUAUGCAGGUUUAUUAUGACAAAAGAUAAAAACAACUCUCGUUGGAAUGUAUGUGGCUUUAAAAUAUCUAAAUAGAAUGGCAGUGUUAAACUUUUCCAAUGGUGUUGAGCAAAUUAUGUGAGAAGAAAAUGGACAUUGCUUUUAAAACUAAAUGUGUAUUAUAUCUUCUAAAAUUUUCUUGUAGUUGACGUGAAAAUUUAAGCAUCUCUUAACACUUUUCCUAGAGACCAUUUGCAAGAUGGCUUGAAGAAAAUAUGCUCUUUGUAGUCACAACUGGUCACGAACUCUUAAGCCAAGAAGAAAACUGGCCAUUUCAUACAGAGAAUAUACAGAACCAUGUUGACGUGAAUUUUCAACAGUUGAACGGGCAGUUUAGAAUUCUAAAUGUGGUACCAACUAAAAGAGUAAGUAAAUAAAAGCUCUCAAAAGGUACUUAUUGAGUUUAUUCUUGAGAUUGGCAAGGUCAUGUUAAUGUAAAUAUCACAACUUGGGCUCGUCAAAGAGGCUCUUUUCUCGCUCUUAAAAUUGUCCAAACAAAUCUUAUGUGUUAUUUUUCGAGAGAUUUUGUAUCGCUGAACUGGAAGUCGAGUGUCCGACCAAUUAAAAAAUGAAGAAAUUACUCCCUGGUUAUCGCUCAAAUCAAUAUCAAAUCAAACAACAAAGUGAACUAUAUGUUAGCUUCUAGCGCUACUGCUUGAAAGCAUGGGGGGUGGGGGAGGGUGUGGGGCAAGAAGACACACUCGGAAAGCUAUGUUAUUCUUUGGUGGGCUGUUAAGUAAAGUGCAGUUUUUUCCUCCUUUUGUAUUUCUUACUAUUACCUUCUUCACGUUCAGGUUUCUUUGACUACUAUAAAAUCCUCAAACCAGUACAGGAUGCCAGGACCCAUAGCUACUGUUUUUGUGGAAUGUCUUCCCGUGGAACCUGGAGAAAUAUCUCCACCACAGGAUCAUCUCAAAAUGACGUUAAUUUUUGAUGGAAACAACAUUCGAAAAAUGCUUAUUCCAAUAUGGGUAAGCUUAAUAUGUUACUACUUUUUAAAAUUUAAUCUACUAGAAGUUCUCAUUGAGAAGGAAAGUGCUGUCGUUAGUUGCGAAGGGAAUAGGACAAAGACAGUUCGUAGGACAGUUGAACAUAUGAAUUCUUUUUUAUUAAAGUCAAUAACUUAGACUUGCUGGCAUUAUGAAACACUCCAAGCGUGAUAUAAAAAAUGAAUCGAUCACGAUGACAAACAUGGUUACAUUCAUAUAACUCGCUAAGGUUUCAAUACCAUUUUGCAAUUCAUUUUAAUAAUGCACGAC